GCUGCUUAGAAAAGGCUGACGGAGCCUGUGUUACAAUGGAAGAAAGAGAAGACGCAUCACACACCCCUCCCGUUCGCUCUUUUGAGCCUGUCCAGAGGAAAUAAACAAGGGGAAAUUCACUUCCAUUCCAAGUUUUGCCAACCAUGUGGGUGGCGGUUGUUUGCGGUUUAAUCAUCUACAAGUUGUUCAAAUGCUUCUUCUAUGACGAUGACACCAUGGACCUUGAAUACUCUGACACAAAUGCUCUUUUUUCAGUCGCUGACAGACUUAAAAAGCUUUAUGGAGGAAAUGUGUAUCUAGGGCUUCGAAUUCCGGAUGCUGAUAGUGGCUCCCGACAGAGCAUAGAUAUAGUUCUUGUGACGAAAGGAGAGCUAGUAGUUGCCUCUGUCAAGAACUUUUCAGGACUUGUGUCAGUGAGCACUGGUGGUGAUUGGGUAUGUGAAAGGCCAGGAAGACAUAGAGUAAAGAAUCGCCCUGAUCCUGUUGUGGAAGCUAGAAAGCAAGCGUCUAUCCUUGAAUCAUAUCUUGCACAAAGAGGAGUUACUCUUCCUGAAGGAUACAUAUCUUGUAAAGUUAUACUCCCAAAUCCUAAACUAUGUGUGUUUUCAGAAACCAGUUUUCCAUCUGAAGUUAUUACCUAUGAACAAUGGGUACAACUGAAGCCAUCGUCAAGGAGUAUGUUAUCUGGUUGGAUGAAGAGUGCCUUCCGUAGUGAGAAGAAAGAGAUGCAAGAGUCUGGGCAUCAGAAUCUUGACUUUAUCCUUAGCACAGCUCCAAUUUGGGACAGGUUGGAACUGAAAGGAAGUAAAUAUAUACUGGGGGAGUUCCUGGAAUUUAAAGGCAAGCAAGAAGAUGUCCUAGCUUUGAGAAAUAUUAGAAGAUCAAAAGUUUCCCGAAUGACAAUUCAACGAACAAGCAUGUUUGGACUGGCGCCUUCAAGGCUCCAAGUUUUGUUUGCUGAGCGUGACUACAGAACUGAAGGAGGAUCAACAUCAGAGUGGAAAGAAGUAAAUGUAAGAUCAAGUACCGAGGUCUUAUUUCAACCUGAAGGUUCUUCGAAAGUCCGCAAAUUUAGGCUCUCUUCUGUUUUAUCUCUCACUCUUAGUGCUUGAAAUGGCCCAAACUUAACACCCUGAUCUGUGAAGUUGAGAAUCUGUGAAGUUGGUGAAAUUAAAUGCAACAUAUCAAUACCAUAAAUCUUGUUUCAGUGUUUUGCAUUCGACAUUGCCAACUUUAGUUUCAAGGGAUCCAUCCUCACCAUAAUUUACUGUAUCUCCAGCUUUAAGGAUGCCUCUACUUGCUGUGAUUGCAUGUUAUGAUCUGUAUUUGGUUCGAUUAUAGUUAUAGUGAGAUAAAUUGUUUGAAGAAA